AUGGCUUUCUUACUAAAAGGCAAGAAAGAAGAUUUAAUUGCUCUCGCGAAACAAUUCGGCGUAUCUGUUGAAUCCGACUUGACGAAACCCAAAAUUAAAGAUCUGAUUUUGAAAAGCGAAGAUUAUGAUGAGGAAGAUGCCAAAGCGAUGUUAGAUAGUAUCAUUGAGGACAGACAUCUAGCAGAAGUAGAAAAACAAAACGAAAGAGAAGAGCGAUUGCGGAAGGAGGAACGUGAGCACGAACUUGAGAAGUUGAGAAUCCAAGCUCAAAGAAAUGUUGGUCAUGGAAACUCGGCAGAUACUUCAAUAACAAAUAAGGCUUCGCAAGAGAUGUUCCACCGAUUCAACAUGAAAGAUGACAUAAGUUUAAAUUUAACGCUAUUUGAGCACCAUGCCAAUUUGGCGUUAUUGCCAAAAGAGCAAUGGGUCCAGAAGCUACUAGGAUUAAUUCCUCUGGAGAUUGCUCAUUUAAUUGCUCGAGAACCUGAGGAAAAAUCGAACGAUUACGAACAUGUGAAGAAUCUGUUGUUACAGAGAUUCAAGUUGUCACCGGAGAAACUUCGACAGUUGUUUGUUUCACACCAAAAAGCUCCUGAGAAAACAUGGCAAGAUUUCUAUCAUGAAUUGCAGACUUAUUUUGAUGGAUGGGUAACAGGGCUGAAAAUAGACACCUACGAGAAGUUACGUGAACUUAUUAUCGCUGACCAGAUGAAACGGAAGGCACCACCAGAGUUACAGAAUCACUUUCUUGAUGAGUGGUCAUCCAUAAAUUCACCUGCUGAUGUGGCGAGAAAAUUCGAGCAAUAUGACGAUGUCAGGAGGACAUUGAAACCAAAAGCAUCAGAUCUAUUCUUCAGAAGGAAAGAUGAAGUUCAAGGAGCAAAUAAAUUUCAGAAUUACCCACGAAGACCAGCGAAUUUCCGGGAUGGAAAUAACAAGUUCGAGAAGAGACCUUUGCAGCUAAAUAGAAACUCAUGCGUCGAGAAGAAUAAACCAUGGAGACCUGUGAAUUGUUGUUACUGCCAGACACUAGGACAUUUUGGCGUAGAUUGUCCACGACGACCCAAAAAUACGAAAAGUAAUAAGCCUUUGGCGCCUAUCGUACAAGUUUGCUCUGAACUUUCACGAGAGAAAAUGAGAACAAGAAAAGUAGCUUUAAGAAGCAAAACUUUCUAUGCAUUAAUCGACACUGGUAGUUCAGUCACACUCCUCCGAGAAGAUAUUUGCAAACAAAUCAUCAAACUUUCAGAACUCUCGAGAGAAACGAUUAUAUUAUCUGGUUUAGGAAAAUCACAAGUCAAAACAAAAGGGUCAUUUCGGCAAGAUAUCGAAUUAGAUGGACAAAAAUAUUCUCUGACAUGA